UUGCGGCCUUGACCUGUCAAACUCGCGAGGAAAUAAUAUUGCAAGAGACGGAUUUAUCAUGGCAGAAUCGUUCAAAAAUAGAGAGCUGAAUGAAAAGAUUUCACAGUGGAUGUCAUGGAGUAAAAAUGAUAAAGACAAUGCUGAGAUAGAGGAACUGGUGAAGAAUGGAAAGGAACAAGACCUCACUAAUCGGCUUCUACAUCGUAUUGAGUUUGGUACAGCAGGGUUACGAGCAAGGAUGGGAGCUGGGUACAGUAUGAUGAAUGACCUAACAGUUAUACAGGCCACUCAGGGGCUGUGUAAACAUACAUUGUCAUGUAUUCCUGAGGCAAAGACAAUGGGAGUGUGUGUAGGGUAUGAUGGUAGAUAUAACAGUAAAAGAUUUGCGCAGCUAACAGCUACUAUAUUCCUGCAUGCAGGUGUUAAAGUUUACUUGUUUUCCAAAAUCUGUCCAACACCAUAUGUGGCUUACUGUACAAGACAGUACAAAUGUGCUUGUGGUGUCAUGGUAACAGCUUCACAUAAUCCUAAAGAAGAUAAUGGGUAUAAGGUAUAUUGGUCAAAUGGAGCACAGAUAGUGUCUCCAGUUGAUAAAGACAUUUCUAGAUGUAUCAAUGAGAACCUGGAACCAUGGAAAGACUCCUGGGAUGUUGACUAUACAGAGACAUGUCCUCUCAGAGAGGAUCCAUACGAUGAUAUACAUGCUAAAUACCAGGAAGAUGUUAAAAAACUCUGCUAUUACAAAGAAGAGAACGGGAAUGCUACAGUAAAGUUUACCUAUACAGCCAUGCAUGGAGUAGGUUAUAUAUUCUCUGACAAAUCUGUACAACAGUUUGGAUUUCCAGCAGUAAUACCAGUACCAGAGCAGAUAGAACCAAAUCCUGACUUCCCUACAGUGAAAUAUCCCAACCCAGAGGAAGGAAAAGGAGCACUGGAGUUAUCAAUGAAAACAGCUAACAGUAAAGGCAGUACUGUAAUACUUGCUAAUGAUCCUGAUGCUGAUAGACUGGCACUUGCUGAAUAUGAUGGGAAAGAAUGGACAGUGUUUACAGGGAAUGAGAUCGGAGCACUGUUAGGCUGGUGGUCGUGGUUUAGUUUUAGACAGAAACAUCCAGAUUUUCCUGCUAAAGAUUGUUACAUGCUGGCAAGUACAGUGUCAUCUAAGAUAUUACAGACAAUUGGUGCCAAAGAAGGCUUCAACUUUGAGGAAACUUUAACAGGAUUUAAAUGGAUGGGUAACAGAACAGAUGCCUUGUUGAAGGAAGGUAAAACAGUUCUAUUUGCAUUUGAAGAAGCUAUUGGCUACAUGUGUGGUUCUACCGUGCUCGACAAGGACGGAGUGUCUGCCGCUGCUGUCAGUGCCGAGAUGGCUGCAUACAUCUACAGAAAUAACAGCACCUUAAAGAAAAAACUUGAGGAUAUUUAUAAACAGUAUGGUCAGCAUAUCUCAAGCAAUUCAUAUUUUAUCUGUCAUGAUCCAGAAACUAUCAAACGUAUGUUUGAUGAACUGAGGGAUUACAACAAAACUGGCAAGUAUCCAGAUAGCUGUGGGCCAUACAAAAUCAAAUAUGUGAGAGAUCUUACAACUGGAUUUGAUAACAGUCGGCAAGAUAAUAAACCUACAUUACCAGUUAGUAAGUCUAGCCAGGUGAUUACGUUCACAUUCGAGAAUGGAUGUGUGGCUACACUGCGAACCAGCGGUACAGAACCUAAGAUAAAAUACUACACUGAACAUAAACCUGAUCCUAGUCAUGGGCUUGAUCGUGAAGCUGCACAGAAAGAGUUGGAUGAUAUGGUGAUGUGUAUUGUGAAAUAUUUCUACCAACCGGAGAAAAAUAAUUUCAUAGCUCGAUCCUCAUAGAUGGUUCACAUGUUUAAACUGAACACAUUCUUUAGUCCAUAGAAACAUUUUUAUACUGCAAAUGUUUUUUGUUUUAGCCUGAAAAUCUUGUUGAUAUUGUUAUUUCUUACUUGUUUUAAAAUAGUUUUAAAAAUUCAAGUAAUAGGCUGUGGUAGAGAUUUUUUUUAAAAGGCUUCUUAAGUUUGAGUAAUUUCAUAAAGCUUAAAAACUUUUUGUGAUAAUGUCAUUUAAUAAGUUCUGUAUUGAAGGAAAACUGAUAAAUAUGUUUUAUGAAACAGCAAUCUUCGUGUUGUUUUUUGUGUGCAUUGAGCUAUUCAUUCAAACAUUAUUGUCAACAAGUCAGCAUUAUUUGUUAAGAAAAUUAUGUACUGUAUUGUUUCAGAGAACUAAAUGUACUGUUUUCUUUGUUACAAAAUAUUUUUUUUUAAAAUAAAACAAGAGAAUCGUAAUAAAAAACAGUAUAGAAACAAGUGUUUGGAAAAAGAAAAUUUCAUCAUUACCAGUGGUGUUUGGUAUUUCCUUUUCAGCAUACAGGUUACGGUUCUACAGAAGUUAUAAAAACUAUCCAUUCCAUUUAUGUUUGUUUUUAUGCAACUGUCGAGAUAUUUAACUUGCGUGUUUAGUUCUUAUUUUGUAUGUUGUUGUUUGUUGUUUUUUUUUUUUGUAAAAAUAACUUUAAGGCAGCUGAACUAAAUGUUUUGCAUGUUAGACAUUGGACUAAGAUUUUUUACUCUCACAAUGUAUACAUAUUUAAAUUAUUUAUAUUUAUUGAUAUUUUAAUUUAGCAAACUUAAUGGUUAUUCAUAAAGAGUGACUGCUGAUACUAUUUUGAAACUGUCUAAAAGUUCAUACCCGUCCUCAAAGAUAAUUGAAUUUCUUGGAAAUUUUACCUCAUUUUGAUAUUUUUUGUACUCCUGAUUAUUGUUGUUGUUGUUGUUGAUGACGAUGAUAUGACUUCAGUUUAUUAGGUAUAACAUCAACGGCUAUUUUACAUACGUUAAUCAGUUUGUAGGCAAGGUGUACAGUAGAUAAAAAACACUAACCAAGAAAUAUAACAGUUAUGUAUAAAGUGUUUCCUUUGAUCACCAUCCAGACUUGUGAUUCACAAAAUAUCUUACAAGCUGCUUGUCAAGGUAAAUGUGACCGAUAUAUCAUGUCAUUUCUGUUUUAUCUUGUUUCCAAAGUGUUGCUAGGAGAUAAUCGGAAUAAAGUUUUGCAUUGUA